AUGACAAUAUUAUUGGCGUAUCGUAAGUUAAUAACAAAAUGUAAUUCACACAGUUAUCACCAACAAAGAAAUAUGAGUCACAUAACACAACGAAGAAUGAACAAUAACCCCUUAUUUAGAAUACACAAUUUGCAAAUGUCUAGAAAUAUUUCAAUUGUGCGUGUAUUAAGUUCCGUUUUAAAACUACGAUACUUAGUUGGUGGUAGUGCAGUUGGUGGUGCUAUAACUUUCUCAAAAGUAUGUAAUAUGUUCAUCAAAAUUCAAUCAUACAAUUUACAAUAACCACUUUUUUCUUUUUACUUCUUACACACAAAUCAAAUGUAAUGUUAUAGAAAUUUAAAGAAUGGAAAGAUUCAUUACCAGAUUUAAGUUGGUUAGAAGAUAUUUUACCGAAUAAUGACCAAAUUAAUAACAUUCAAAACCGAUUGAAAACAGUUUUUGAUAAUUUGAAGGAUAUUAAUUUUGGUAAGAUCCUAAAAUGUGUUGUUUUUACAGUGGAAGAACUUAAAUGUGUUUAAAAGUUAGUAUCUAGUACUUAGACUGUAAAAACAGUUCAUCUUGUAUGUUAUAGACUCUUCACAAACUAUUGAAAAAUUGGAAAAAUUUAAGGGAUGGCUAGAGUAUCAUAUUGAUGAGGCGUAUAAAGAUGCUGAAAUAAGUGAUUCAAAAGCCUCAUGUGAGUUUUUUUUUAUUUGUGAGAGGAAAAACAACUUAAUAUCUUAAUUUUCAAAUAUAUUUAAUAACUAGUCAGUAUUAAAAAUAGACAUAUUGUUUAUAUUUUGCUAAUUAUUUUAAUUAUUUAUAAUUGUAUUAUAUUACAAAAAUUUGUUUAUAUGGUUGGUUAAAUUCAAGUAAAACUGUGAAAGUACUUAAAUUUUCUUGUAAUAAUUCCAAAUAUAUAAAUAAAAUAUUAUAUUACUUAUGGUUGCAAAUAACUUUGAACCAUCUACGCAAAAACCUUCAGUUCAAUUUUUAUUCUUAUUUAAGUUCUUCCAUUUACCAUUUUAUUUUAUUUAUCAGUUUAUAAAAUAAGAAUAAAACAUUUUUAAUUUACAAUACUAAAAUUUUGAAUACUUAUUUUGAUUGAAAAGGUUUUUUUUUCAUUUUGUAAUAUUUCUUAAAAAUAAGGAUUCGUUAUGAGUUGAAAUAUUAUGAUUCUAAAUAGUUAUCAUACGUUCAGGUUUCUUGUCGAGCAAUUAGUAUUGGGAACAAUCGGCUUUUAAAGCAAAAUAAAUUAUAAUACUUAGUAUAAUAUAAUAAAAUCUUAAAAUAAAGCAACUUAAAAAAACGUUUUAUGUUUCGUCUUUUAAUUAUUUGGAAAAAAAAAAAAAAAUGUACAAUUAUACAAUUCACCAACCAAUCUUCGGUAAAAUGUAAAAGGUUUAGCAUAAAAUAUUUGUACACAUUAAAAAUAGUCUUUCAUUAUCUAUUAUAUAUAAUAUUAUCACUGAUAAUAGAGUAUUCACAUCUGAAAUGAGUUACUUAUGGUGAUUAGGUACUAACAAAUACUAUAGAUAGGAAUACAGAAAGCUCUAAAAUUUUGAUGGUUCCUUAUUAAAAUCUUUUAGUCUUACCAUGAGAAUACAUAUUAUACUUAUUAGCAGUGAAAUGGAGAUCAAAAUACUAGUGUCUUAAAAAUUUGACCUUCCUUUAUUGUCAUCUAUAGUUCAGUAUUGCUACUAAUUAUUUUAAACCACAGAAUACAAGAUCUUAGAAAUUUUGUUCCACUAUUCUAAAUAAUUACUGAAUUAUAAUAAAUUGAUAACUUAAUAUAAAAAAAAAAAAUUAAAAAUAAACAUCAGUAUAGAAUUGAAAUUACUUUUAAACAUAUUUGUAUAAACUAAUUAUAUUUCUAUAAUAUUCCAAAAAAAAUAAAAAUAUUUUCAAAUUCAAACCCUAGUAACUUCAAAAUACUCAAGAAUUGAAAAUAUUAAGUUACUUUAAACUUCUGCAAUUAAUUAAUUUUUAAGAUUUUUAUACUAAAGGUAAAUCAAAUCAUGCCAUUUGUUUGUGUUAAAAAUAUUUGAAUAUAACAAUAAAUUGUUCAUAAAAAUUAUUAUAAUUUUGGGGGAAUGUCUAUACAUAUCCAUUAUUUAUUCAAAUAUGUUCAACCAGUUAAGGGGCUUUUAUAUUUAAUAUAUAUGUUAAUGUUUAUUUAUCUAUUGAAAAUCAAAAAUUAAUAUUAAAUCAUAUACGCAUAAAUAAAAAGAACAUAAACAAUUUUACAAACAAAGUUUUCAUGGCAUAAAUAUUUAAUAAAAAAAAAACCAGUACAAUUAAAUAAAAAAAAUCAUCCGGUGAUGCCUAGUGACAUUUGUUAGUAAAUAAUACCUCACUUUACGUUAGUUAAUAAUUGUUUUUUUAUAUUUUCAAUUCUAUUUUUAUUUCUAUCAUAUUUGCAAUUAAAAAUUUUAAGCAAUACCGCGAAGAUAAUUAAUUGUACAAUUUACAGUUUACAGUUAGAGUAUGGCAUAUAUAUUUUUUUUUAAACUUUAACUUUUAUUUUGAUACAUUUUUUUGAUGGUGGAUUUCACCCCGCAAUAUACUAAUGAAUUUUUAAAUUAUUUAUGUUUUCUUCUUUAUAAAAUAUAAAUUAAAUAAAUCUUUUUGUAUAAAUCUCCAAAUUUAUGAUACCCCUGUCACUCUUUAUAUAUUUUUAAGCCAUAGUAAUGUAACUUAAAAUAUAAAAUAAAAUGUGACAAACAAAAUACUGAUGAAUGUUAACAGCAUAAAUGUAUUUCACAUGUUUUCCACGUACACAAGAAGGUCCAUCUUUAUAUGUCCUAGUGUGAGGUUUUUAGAAAUAUUUAUCUCUCUUUAACCACUUUUUCGAAUACUAAAUUAAAAGCACCGGGAGAGUGUGUUUCUUUGCUUCAUCCAGGGGUUAUUCUGAUUGACAGUGAAGUCAAAUUUGUCAUUUUUAUUUUUAUUUCAGUAUUUUCCAGACUAGCUGUAGUAAGGUUAAUUUACUUUUGUGGGAACUUAAAUUCUUUCAAUAUGUUAAAUAGGCUCUGUCUAUGAAUAGAAUCGUAGGCUUUCUUAAAAUCAACAAACAAAACACAGACAUUUUUAUUGAACUUCCAAAUUUUUUCCAAUGUCUGCCCAACAACAAAAAUUUGGUCCACUGUGAACCUAUUUAGACUAAAACCUCCCUGGUAGUCGCCCAGAAUUUCUUUAGAGAUUGAUUUAAUUCUGUCCAGAAUGUAGUAAGAUAAUAUUUUGUAUGUUGUAUUAAGUUAAGCAAUACCCCUGUAAUUAUUGUAUUUAUGUGGGUUUAGUUAUAUUGAAUUUUAAAAUUAGUACAUAAACAAAUAUAUGUAUAUAAACUAGUUGAGAUAAUUCGAUUAUUCAUCUUAUAUAAAGAUAUAGUAGCCAAUUUUGUUAAUUAUUUAGAUCAAUUUACAUGGGAAAUGCCAAACAGAUUGUUUAUUUUAUUUUACCGAAUAUAUUAUUAUAAUUAAUUCCUGUGUUUAAAUAUUAAAUAAUAAUAAAUAUUUUUAUGGAAAUAUAUUCUAUUUGUAAUUUUUAAGUAAACCAUUACUAAUUUUCAACAUAAAAUCUAAAAAAAUUAGUUAAAAAAAUAUUUAAUGUGAACAAAUUAUAACAAAUUCACAAUAAUUACUUUUCCUCUUGUACUUAGUAAUGUAUAUAUAAAUAUAUAUAUUUUUUUUCAUAGCUGAAUUAGCCGAAUGUAUCACUCCCAAUAAUGUAACAGCUACUGUACCAACAUCUAACGAUUUAAAACAGAAAUUAGGUAAGGAUAUUUUUAAUAAACUUAUAUUUAUUUGAAUUAGCAGUUUAUUUACUAAUUUUUAAAGUGAUUAUAUUAUAAAAGAAAUGCUGCAAAAAGAAAAUAUGGAAAUACAAUUAAAGUAUCAAAAAGAAUUGGGAAAACUAGAAAAAGAGAUUAAAGAAUUGCGAAAAACACUUAUGCUAAAAAAUAAUCAAAAAAUGAAUAUGAGGAAACUCAAAGUAAUUAAAAACAACAUUGUUUAAUAUUUUAUACAUAGGAUCAGUAAUGUAUUUAUCUGAAUAGAAAUCACUGAUAGAUAUNGGGAUGGCUAGAGUAUCAUAUUGAUGAGGCGUAUAAAGAUGCUGAAAUAAGUGAUUCUGAAGCCUCAUGUGAGUUUUUUUUUAUUUGUGAGAGAAAAACAAUUUUAUAUCUUAAUUUUCAAAUAUGUUUAAUAAUUAGUCAGUAUUAAAAAUAGACAUAUUUUUUAUGUUUUGCUAAUUAUUUUAAUUAUUUAUAAUUGUAUUAUAUUAUAAAAAAUUGUUUGUAUGGUUGGUCAAAUUCAAGUAAAACUGUGAAAGUACUUAAAUUUUCUUGUAAUAAUUACAUAUAUAUUAAUGAAAUAUUAUAUUAUGGUUCAAAUAACUUUGAACCAUGUACGAAAAAACUUUCAGUUCAAUUUUUAUUCUUAUUUAAGUUCUUCCAUCUACCAUUUUAUAUUAUUUAUCAGUUUAUAAAACAAAAAUAAAUAAUUUUUAAUUUACUUUACUAAUAUUCUGAACAAUAACUUUAAUACAUAUUCUGAUUGAAAAAAUUCUUUUUUAUUUUGUAAUAUUUCUUAAAAAUAAGUAGUUAUAAGUUAAAAUAUUAUGAUUCUAAAUGGUUAUCACAAGUUCAGGUUUCAUGUCGGGAAAUUAAUAUCAGGAAUAAUCAUAAUAUAUUUCACCAAAUAUAUUAUAUAUAAUUCCUGUGUUUAAAUAUUAAAUAAUAAUUAUUAUUUUUAUGGAAAUAUAUUCUAUUUGCAACUUUUAUGUUUUUAAAUUUUUAAGUAUAACAUUAAGAGUUUUCAAAAUAAAAUCUAAAUGAAUGAAUUAAAAAAAAAAAAAAAUAAUAGUAUUUAAUAUAAAUAACAAACUCACAAUAAUUACUUUUCCCUUUGUAAUUAGUAAUGUAUAAAUAUAUAUUUUUUUUUUUUCAUAGCUGAAUUAGUCGAAUGUAUCACUCCCAAUAAUGUAACAGCUGCUGUACCAACAUCUAACGAUUUAAAACAGAAAUUAGGUCAGGAUAUUUUUAAUAAACUUAUAUAUAUAUAUAUUUUGAAUUAGCAGUUUGUUAAGUAACUUUUAAAGUGAUUAUAUUAUAAUAGAAAUACUGCAAAAAGAAAACAUGGAAAUACAAUUAAAGUAUCAAAAAGAAUUGGAAAAACUAGAAAAAGAGAUUAAAGAAUUACGAAAAACACUUAUGUUAAAAAAUAAUCAAAAAAUGAAUAUGAGGAAAGUCAAAGUAAUUAAAAACUACAUUGGUUAAUAUUUUAUACAUGGUACCAGUAAUGUAUUUAUUUGAAUAGAAAUCACUGAUAGAUAUGUACUCUGAACUGCUGGAUGAAUUAAAUGAUUACGAUUCAAGCUACCAAACUCAAGAUCAUUUACCUAGAGUAGUUGUAAUUGGGGAUCAAAGUUCUGGAAAGACAUCAGUAUUAGAAAUGAUAGCCCAAGCAAGAAUAUUUCCAAGGUAGUAUAAAAUGCCUAUAGUUCGACGUGUUAGUACACUUAAAUAUAUUUUCAGAGGAGCUGGAGAAAUGAUGACUAGAGCACCUGUUAAAGUUACCCUGNUUGGCUGAACUCAGAAAAGAAGUAAUAACAACUUUUAAUUAUUUAUUUGAUAUAAUUACAUUAAUAUUGUCUUAAUUUAUAUUAAAUUGAAUGAAUAGAUAGAAAUUCGAAUGAAAAACAGUGUAAGCCGUGGAAACACUGUAAGUAAUGAAGUGAUAUCUAUGACAGUCCAUGGUCCUGGACUUCCACGAAUGGUACUUGUUGAUCUACCUGGUAUCAUAAGUGUAAAUUGAAACUAUUAUUUGGUAAUAUUACAACUAAUCGGUAUUCAUAUAUUGUGAAUUUUAUUUAUUAGAUUGCAACCCAAGGCAUGGCACCUGAUACAAAGGAAUGUAUUCGUCAAAUGUCUACGUUGUACAUGUCUAAUCCGAAUGCAAUCAUCCUCUGUAUUCAAGACGGAUCUGUUGAUGCAGAGAGAAGUAAUGUUACAGAUUUGGUGUCUCAAAUUGAUCAACUUGGUCGUCGUACCAUAUUGGUGUUAACAAAAGUUGAUUUGGCUGAAAAAAAUUUGGCCAAUUCUGAUAGAGUAUGUAAAAGAUAUUCAUUAAAAUUUAAUUUAUCUUCCUAGAAAAUAGAAUACUUUUGUAUUUUAUCUUUUUUUAGAUAAAAAAAAUCCUUAGUGGUAGUCUAUUUCCUAUGAAAGCAUUAGGAUAUUUUGCUGUUGUAACGGGCAAAGGCAACCAAGAUGACAGCAUUGAAAGUAUCAAAGAAUAUGAAGACAAAUUCUUCAGGAAUUCAAAACUCUUUAGGUAUACCAUAUUAUUUUUAUUGAUUAUUUUUUGUUCAUCACACUGUUUAUCAAUGUUCUAUAGAGAGUACAUUGGCAUUUCUUCACAAUUGACAACACGUAAUUUGAGUAUGGCUGUUGCAGACUGCUUUUGGAAAAUGGUACGUGAAACUGUAGAACAACAAGCGGAUUCUUUUAAAGCAACUAGAUGUAAUUUAGAAACUGAGUGGAAGAAUAAUUUCCCCAGGUUUUUUAUUGUUACACGAGACUUAGCUUUUUAUAUUAUUUAGAUAAAAUAAAAAUAUUAAUUGAUUUCAAGGUAUUUGGAACUAAAUAGAGAUGAACUGUUUGAAAAAGCUCGUGGUGAAAUUUUAAAUGAAGUAGUUAAUCUUAGUUUAGUGUCUGUCAAAGAUUGGGAAGAUAAACUAAGUACUGAAUUGUGGAAAGGCAUUUUCCACUAUGUAUUUGAAAACAUUUAUUUGCCUGCAGGUUAUUCAGUGAAUCAAACCAAUAGUACUGGUAAUAAAAAUGGGAUUAUAGUAAAACAAUACACAAAUCAUAAUUAUUUGGUUUUGAAUUUAAAUCAAAUUUCUAUAGGUACUUGAUUUUAAUUUUUUAUUUAGAAAGUUUCAAUACAAUGGUUGAUAUUAAAUUGAAGCAGUGGGCUGAGGAGCAGUUGCCUAGAAAAUCAAUUAAUAUUGGCCAGAGUGUAUUGAAAGAUAUGUUCAAAACAAUGUUUAAGGAAAACCAAAAACUCAGAGCCUCUGACGAAAUUUUGGAAACAUUAAAAAUGGCUGUUAUUGAUGAAACUUUAGAAAGGCAUGUUUGGGAAGAUAAGGUAAAUUAAUUUUAUUGAUUUUUGUUUAAAGUCAUUGGUGAUUUAUAUAGAUUGAUUAGGUAUUAGAAAUGCUACGAAUGAUUCAAUUGAAUACUCUGGAAGAUAGAUGUAUACAAGAAAAACAUCAUUGGGACAAAGCAGCACAAUUUCUAAUAAGUAGCUUGGAACAAAAUUUUAAAGUAAGUAAUUUUUUUAUCGUAUUUAAAACUGUAAAUAUAAUUUGGGAUAUUUUUUUCAUUAUUCAGGCAGCUGAAGACUCUCUGAAAGAAAUGGUUGGUCCUUCUAACUUGGAAAAAUGGAUGUAUUGGCAGAGUUCAACAUCUGAACAAGCCAAAAGAUACAAUAUCAAAUAUGAAUUGGAAAAUCUACUGCACUCUAAUCCUGUAACUGAACAUUUUAAUUAUUUAUAAUUUAAAUAUUAAUACAUAGUUAUUUUGUUUAGAAUCAUAGUAAUUUACUUAGUAAAGAUGAACAGGUUAUUAUUAGUAACAACUUAAAACAGAAAAAUGGUACACCGUGUGAACUUGACGAUAUUUGGCAAACAUGGUAUUUAGUAUAUAGACAUCACUAUUUCAAAAUGGCUCUGGAUAAUGCACAAAUUAUUAAAAAACAAUUUUACCACUAUCAAGAAGCAAAUGGCUUACAGGUAUACAAUAUAAUCUAUUUAAGUGAAUACACUCAUUAUCUUGAAAAGUAUUCAUUUUUUAAAAAUAAUUUAAGUAACAAGCAGCUCUAAAAUGUUACAUUACCAUUAUUUUUAAGAGUUAAACAACUAUCUACUUUUAAUUUUCAAAUGACAACUUAAGUCAUCUUAAUUUUUAUUUUUAAGGUUUAUUUUUUUUUUAUUAUUAUAAUUUAAGAAGAAAAUGUGCAACUAUACUAAUAUGCACAAGUAAAAGUGAUAACAGAGAAAAAAUAGAUCAACAAACAUGAAAAAGAUAUGAUGUAAGAAAGCACCCAGUAGAGCUGCCUAAUUUGAAUAUUUGUAAUUGUAUCUAAUUUUUAAAGGCGGUCUCUACACAAUUUUCUUUUUAACUUCCUAAGAGGGUUUUCGGGAAUAUGGUUUGAAGAUAUAUGAAUUAUAUUAGAUUCUGUAUAAACUUUUGAGAUGUUAAAAAUAUUAAAUUAAUAACCGCAGUUAUUAGUGAUUGUUGAAAACUUCAUAACCAAAAUUUAUUUCAAUUAAUACUUUUUAAUUAAUCUCUGUAUGAAAUUUAUAGUAUAGGUAACAAUUUAAAAUUCAAAAGUAGGUACUCAUUUCACCACCAAAAAUAAUGGCAAUGCACAUUUUAAAGUUGCUUGUUACUUAAAUUGUUUAAAAAAAUUAAUAUUUUCUGAGGUAAUGAAUCCACUCAUUUAAAUAAAUAUCUUUAAAAUAUUAUUUUACAUUAUUAUUGAAUAUAAAUCAAGUAUUUACUGCUAAAUAUUUUGAUAAACUCUAUAUAAUCUCCAAUUAAAAUUAUUUAAAUUUAGAUGCAGUGCUCUCAAAAUUUUACUAAAUUUUAAAUCACACUUUUAAUUUAUUUUUCCCAAAACUAAAAAUGAAUCAUAUUAGAAUACCACAUGGAAUCAUUUAAUAUAAUAAAGAGUUCAGAGACCUAACUAGAUUAAAAAAGGAGGCUCAUACAAAAUAGUAAAUAUCCAAUGUUUAUUCAGAUUAUUUAAAAUUUUCGGAUUUACAGAAAAAAUGUAACUAUUUAUCUCAUUGUAUACAGGCAAAUCAUAUUUUUAAAAUUGAAAAUAAUAUUAACCUUAAUUAUAAAUCUUAUUAGAAAUAUUAAGUGCAUGAUGUAAAUUAACAGAUGUUAUGUAUACAAUAUUUUAAACAACCUCAUUGACUGUCCUAAGCUAUUGGUUGAAAUUGGUUUCCGUGUACCUAGUUGAAACACUAGGUACUUAAAUUUAUUCGUAGUUCCUAAUUAUAAUACCAAUAGUGGAAAUAAUACAUUUUUUUUUCAAGAGCUUUUGUUUUGACUAAUAAUUUGGAUUUCAGCAAAUCAGGUUUUUUUGUACUUCCCCACAAUAUAUUUAGAUUUAAGGCUUUAGAAUUAAUACAAUUAUUACAUUAUUAUUAAUUUUGAUAUAAUAGUAUUUAUAUUUGUCUUUUAGACUUACUGUCAAAAUAUUACAGCAGUUGUUAAAAGGGCAUUUACUCGUAUAUAUAUAUAACAAUAUAAUAUAUUAUUAUGACUGUUUAGAGUAAAUAUUAUGAAAUUGAAAUGUUUUGGAGAAUUACACACAUGAUUAAACAGACUGUUAAUGUCCUAAGACAACAAAUUACCAAUAGAGAAGGUAUUAUUUAAUAAAGAUAGAUAAAUAGCAUUUUUUUUAUAUAUAUAUGUAUAUAUUAUACCUUAGUGAAAUAUUUGUACCGAGAAAUAAAAGACAUUUUAGAUGAUUAUAGUCAAAGUCACGAUAUGAAAUGCAAAUUAUUAACUGGCCGUCGCGUAACUUUAGUUGAAGAACUCAGUGAGUAUUGCAAAAUGUUGUAAAAUAAAGAUUUUGAAUUUGUAUGUUUGUUUUUUAGAUAAAGUUAAGCAAAUCCAAGAGAGAUUAGAGGAAUUUAUACAAGCAUUGAACAAAGAAAAAUAAUAAUUUAUUGUUUACCAUAAUUUUUAAACUAGAUUUGUUUCUUAUAAACAUUUUGACUCAUUUUAUAUUUUUGUAUUUUGUUUGUGUUAGAA